AUGGCUCUACAGCCGGAUUUCUCGCUCUCCGAUCCUAUAAAAACCUCUCCCUUGCAACCCACCAGAGAGACGCUCGAUUCUUUUUAUGAGAGAUCGAGCGUCAAGGAGGGAUCAUUUCCGAAUCUGAUGUGCACCCAAGAACUCAGUCCAAUUUCAGAAGCAUCGAGUUCCGAGAUGAUUAACAAGACCUUUGCGAUGACCAAAUCAGAAGCAGAGAUGAACGCAUGA